AUGGGGGACGAUCCGGGAAGGCUGUAUCGUUUGGAUGGAGUCGCUCACAUCGCCGGGGUGAUCAACGACGAGCCCCAGCGCUGCAUAUCGAGUAUGCGGCGGCAGCAGGAAAUGCGACUGGAUGAGCGGUACGUUCCGUACUUGCAGAUGGCCGGAUUAUACCAUCUUGCGAGAUUGAACGACAUAUGGUUCCGAUUAGACGAGCCACUUGUGAGUGCAUUCGUCGAGCGGUGGCGUCCGGAGACGCACACUUUCCAUAUGCCGUUCGGAGAGUGCACGAUCACACUUCAGGACGUAUCAUACCAUUUGGGGUUGCCAAUGGACGGACAUUACGUGAGUGGCUGCCUUACGGAUUUCCAUGAGACCUUCGGAGAGUGCCCUGAGUGGGCCGACGAGGAGACAGUUAGGCGCUUUGCCCGUGUUUAUAUCAUGAUGUUGUUUGGCACCCAGCUUUUUGCCGACAAGUCCGGCAAUCGUAUUCACAUCAGAUGGCUACCGUACGUGGUUAGGCUUGAAGAGAUGGGUGGCUACAGUUGGGGUCGGCGGCGCUUGCAUGGCUAUACCGGUGUAUGUGCCGAGUGGCCAACAAACAUGUCGUGA